AAAAAACACCGGAUAUCACGUUUCCGGUUUAGCUGGUCCGUCAGACAAAUUACUCCGUAAGCAAAUGUAGGACGAGAAAAGGGGGUAAUGGAAGCAAUGAUUGAGGAAAAUGGUCCUUCGACUCAUGAGCAGUGUGAAGUGUCCUCGGCGUCCCAGGCCCGGCAGAAACUAGAGGGGCUCCUGAACAAGAACAUGAGGAUCCGCAUGACAGACGGACGGACUCUGGUGGGGCUUUUUCUCUGCACGGACCGAGACUGCAACGUUAUCCUCGGAUCAGCUCAUGAGUUCCUCAAAUCCACAGACAUGUUCUCCCAGGGCGAACCCAGAGUCCUGGGCCUGGCCAUGAUCCCUGGUCACCACGUGGUGUCCAUUGAAGUGGAGGCAGACAGUCUGGAAGACACACAAGGAUUUGGAGAUAACCACUGAUGAAGCCCCUGCCUGUUUGGACAACACUCAGUGUACCUGUCUCUCAGUGAGCAAGCUGUAUGGCUGAGCUCAAACGAGAGUGGACAUCUUCGUUGGAGGAUUGUUUUCAGUCACUUCACCGCAACAGAUGCAGAUACACAACUCCUGUGUCAAUAUUCUGGAUUUAACCAUUCCCUCUAUGCUUGAAGAUGUGUCCAUUUGCAGCAGUAGCUGUACAAUACAGCAUGUAUGUAAAUUGCCUGAGUGUGCAAUGUGUGUAUGAGAAGGUGUGGGCAAACAGCAGCUACCUGGAUGUGUGUGAAAAAGGUAUUUCAGUGCAGUGUACAGUAAAUGUCUUUGUUUAAUUGUCAUUGACAAAAAUUGAUAGAAAGUUGAUGUGUUGGGUGCUACAUGCUUUUUAAGGGGAACUCUACCGAUUUUACACAUUAAAGUCUGUUUUACAGGUGUUGGGAAGUACUACAGCAUAUGUAGUAAAGGACUUUUGUGUCUCCAGAGGUCACAGCCCGUAGUUUCACUAUGGGCUGAAGGAAAUGAAAUAAAUCUGAGGGUCUGGAGUUAAAAAGAAAUAAAGUUACCAACAUUGUGGGAAAUGUAGGCGCUACAUUUAGACAAGAAAAAUUUAAUAAAAAAAGACUAUCUCUGCAUUGA